AUGUGGCGGGCGGCCGCGCACCCCGCGCCCGCGAGCGCACCACCGAGCGCCGGGCCGCCGGUCAAGAGCCAUAGAUGCCAUCUAGCCAGCCGACGGCCGCGAACGUUCCGCGUGCGCGCCGAGGAGGAGGAUCGGCCGGGCGCCAGCGCACCCAAGAGCGAUGCCAGCGCCGCGCAGUUCAACCCCUCCGACCCCGUGGAAACGGUAGCGUGGGGCGGGAAGCUUCCAAGCGGCCGCCGGGUCCUCCUCGGAUCCCUCGCUGGGGCCACGAUCGCCCUGGGCGGGGACUUGGGCGGGGUGACGCGGGCGCUGUUCUCGGCCGCACCGGACGUGGCCCGAGCCCUGCAACUGGACGUCGUCUACCCCAUCCGCGGCUUCAAGCGGUGCUUGGACACCUCUACGGGAGUCGAGUACCUGUAUCCGGGGGACUGGAUCGCCGACACGGUGCUGGCCCGCGUGAACGCGCGGCGCAGCGAGCUCAAGCGCUCGCUCGACCCGCUCACGAGCGACCAGGAGCAGUACGUGAAGUCGCGGCAGGGGCGCGUGGCGCCGCAGACGGGCUUCAAGCCGCCCGUCGCCAACGGCGGCGAGAACGUGUCGGUCAUCGCGGCGCCCAUCCAGGCGGGCUUCUCCCUGCCGGCGAUGGGCCAGCCCGCGGAGGCGGCGACGCUCCUGUUGGAUACGUACAUGGCAAAGGGGUUGGAGCACGAGCUGCUCGACUCAGGGCAGUACAACGACGACGCGGGGAUCCUGUACUACUGGUUCGAGUACCGCGUGGUCACCACGGAGUGGCGGCGGCGGUCCCUCGCGGUCAUCGCGGCGCGCGGCAACACGGUGUACACGCUCGUCGCGCUGUGUCCGGAAGACACGUGGGAGCGCGAGGCGCCCCUUCUGCGGCGAUCAGCGUUCUCGAUGCGCGUGCUGCCGCUGGUGCCCGGGCCCCCGGGCGUCGGAGGGGGGUACGACACGGGCGGAGCGUCGUGGGACGACCUGUUCAACGGCCAGAACCGGGCGAUGCGGGCAGCGUGA